AUGCUACAAGCUAUACAUGGAGAACACGACGCCCCUCGAACCCCUCUCUCCGAAUCCCCAUUCACAGCCUCAUCCCACUCCAACGACGGCAAAAAGCACCUCCUCCUCGCCGCCUCGGGCAGCGUAGCAACCAUCAAGAUCCCCUCGAUCGCACAAUCCCUCUCUCACCACCCCUCCCUCUCAAUCCUCAUCAUACUCACCAAAUCCGCCUCCAACUUCCUCAGCGGCCAGAGCUCCGAACAACCCCACUACUCCGCACUCCUGCAGAUCCCCAACGUCGAAGGCGUCUUCCUCGACGAAGAAGAAUGGGUAUAUCCUUGGAAACGCGGGAACUCAAUUCUGCAUAUUGAAUUGAGGAGGUGGGCGGAUAUACUGGUUAUUGCGCCGCUGAGUGCGAAUACGUUGGCGAAGGUUACGGGUGGGUUCAGUGAUAAUUUGUUGACGAGUGUGGUGAGGGCGUGGGAUACGACGGGGUUGGUGGAGGGUGGUGGUAGUACUGGGGCGGUGGUAAGGAAGAGGAAGAGGAUUGUUGUGGCCCCGGCGAUGAAUACGGCGAUGUGGAGGCAUCCUGUUACCAUGAGGCAGGUAAGGGUAUUGGAGGAGGAGUGGGGAGUUAAGGAAGGCGGAGAGGGAGAGGGGUGGUUUGAGGUUCUAAGGCCGAUGGAGAAGGAGUUGGCAUGUGGAGAUGUAGGAGAUGGGGCCAUGAAGGAUUGGAAGGAGAUUGUGAAGGUUAUUGAGGCAAGGCUGGAUUUGUAG